UGGACCCAUUGCGAAAUGGAAAAAACACAGGUGACACCACCCCCCAAAUAUAAUCUUCUGUCCGGACCAGAUCCCACUCCUGGUGAAGAAUCAGAGAGUAAAGCCACAAAACUACAGGAAGAAUAUUACAUUGAAAAUUAUGGCUACCUCAAAUCCGAAAAACAUUUUGUGCAGAAUGUGGAGUUUGUGCGGACAGGCUAUGGGAAGAAUCAGGUGAAGGUUUUGUAUGUGCGACGGGAAGGGACACACCACUACAUAAUUGAGCUGAAGGCAAAUGUCCAGCUUACUCUUAACUCUCGCAAAGACUACCUGACCGGAGACAACUCCGACAUCAUCCCCACCGACACCAUCAAGAACACCGUCCACGCUCUGGCCAAGCUAAAAGGAGUUAGAUCCAUUGAGAGCUUUGCUCUGGAUAUAUGCCAUCAUUUCCUGACAGCAUUUAAGCAUGUCACACGAGCAAAGGUCGACAUUGAAGAAGCCCCCUGGAAGAAACUAGAAAAGAAUGGAGUGGAACAUGCCCAUGCAUUCAUCUUCUCUCCAGAAUCCUGGCGCUUCUGUGAGGUAGAACAGUAUCUAAACGAACCACCAGUAAUUCACAGUGGAAUCAAAGACAUGAAGGUUCUGAAGACCACACAGUCAGGCUUUGAGGGCUUCCUGAAGGAUCGUUUCACCACACUGCAGGAGGUCAGGGACAGAGUCUUCUGCACCUCAGUCUAUGCUAGGUGGCGCUACAACAAGCACCAGGGCGUGCCUUUUGAUGCUGCAUGGAAAACUGUGAAGGACACCAUCAUCGAGAAGUUCGGUGGACCAUACGACCGUGGAGAGUAUUCACCCUCUGUUCAGAAGACCUUGUAUGAAUCACAGGUUCUGGUUUUGGACAGAGUGCCUGAGGUGGAGGAGAUUGAAAUAGUCAUGCCAAAUCAGCAUUAUAUUACGAUCGACAUGACAAAAAUGGGAAUAUCCAACAAAGAUGAGGUUCUUCUUCCUCUGGAUAACCCAGCUGGAAACAUUACAGGGACCGUGCGCAGGAAGCCUCGCUCUAGACUGUAAAACUGCUCAGAAAAAUGAGGGAAAUCUAGAAGAAGUCAAUGAAAUAAAAUAAAACAUGAAUUAAUACAAAAUGA